ACUAAAGUUCAGUGGUUUUACUUCUGCUUAAGGUGUUCUCCAAACAAAAAGCUUGUAAAUAUUUCACAUUGCAUUCUUGCAAUUAUUCUCAUUAAAAUGUGCACAGGAAAAUCUAUUGUCAGCCCCCAAAGGUUCGGAUUAUGACGAGAGUAAUUUACGUGAGUUUUCAUUUGACCUGCCUGCUCUUGCUCCUAGGGGCUCAUCGCCUUGAGGCUCUUAAUGCCUUCGAAAUAACCAACUACCAGACCACCAAGUACUCAAUACCCGAGAUGUGGAGAGAGCCGGAGCAGGAGCCUAGCGUGGCGGAGGACGUGGAAGGUCAAGACAUGGAGUUAGCAGGAAGCUAUUUAAAGUUUGAUGAUGAGUCGACCGAGGAGAGGACGCCAGCCUCCGCAGAAUACCGUGAGGGUGCCUUCUGUCGACGGAGCUUCGAUGGACGGAGUGGCUACUGCAUCCUAGCCUAUCAGUGCCUCCACGUGAUCCGGGAGUAUCGUGUGCAUGGCACUCGCAUCGACAUCUGCACGCAUCGGAACAACGUGCCCGUUGUGUGCUGCCCUUUGGCUGACAAGCAUGUUCUGGCUCAGCGAAUCAGUGCCACCAAAUGCCAGGAGUACAAUGCUGCCACCAGACGCCUUCAACUGGCAGACACCGGUCGUACAUUCUCCGGCAAGCAGUGUGUUCCCAGUGUGCCGCUGAUCGUCGGAGGUGUUCCAACACGACACGGACUUUUCCCACACAUGGCCGCCCUGGGAUGGACCCAGGGCAUCGGCCAGGCCAAGGACAUCGACAUCAAGUGGGGCUGUGGCGGAACCCUGAUCAGCGAACUGUAUGUGCUCACGGCCGCCCAUUGCGCCACCUCGGGUAGCAAGCCGCCGGAUAUGGUUCGCCUGGGGGCGCGGCAGUUGAACGAGACUAGCGCUGCCCAGCAGGACAUUAAGAUCCUCAUCAUCAUCCUGCACCCCAAGUACCGCUCCUCCGCCUACUACCACGACAUAGCGCUGCUAAAGCUCACCAGAAGGGCCAAACUUUCGGACCAGGUGCGUCCCGCCUGCCUGUGGCAAGUGCCGGAGCUACAGAUUCCAAGUGUGCUGGCCGCCGGCUGGGGACGGACGGAGUUCCUGGGCACCAAGUCGAAUACCCUGAGACAGGUGAACCUCGACGUGAUCCCCCAGAUGCGCUGCAAGCAGAUCUACCAAAAGGAGCGACGCCUGCCGCGCGGGAUUAUCGAUGGCCAGUUCUGCGCAGGAUACCUACUCGGUGGCAGAGACACCUGCCAGGGGGACUCUGGUGGUCCCAUCCAUGCCAUUCUGCCGGAGUACAACUGCGUGGCCUUCGUGGUGGGCAUCACCUCGUUCGGGAAAUUUUGUGCCGCCCCAAAUGCUCCGGGUGUUUAUACCAAGAUAUACAGUUAUUUGGAUUGGAUAGAGAAGAUUGCCUUUAAGCAGCAUUAACACCUUAAUAACAAAAUAUAUAUUAAAUACAAUAUUUUAAAACACUAA